AUCUUCUGAAGUGCUAACCACCGAGCCACUGUGCAGCCCCUGAGCAAACCAAAUCAUUAAUUUAAAAAAAUAAGUAUCACCUGUGAUCUUUACCAGCUCAAACCAUCAGUUUGAAUCACCUGUUUUUAACUUAUCAGGACUAUAGAAGACCAAAUGUCAAAGCUCCCCCUACACCUUUCAAUAACACACACACACACACUCAACAUCGUGUCAUGACACUGUGAAGUUGGAGGGUAAGAGCAGGCCCAGGCUGCAAGUGAUUUUUCAUUAAGCCUCAAUCCCUUUUAUAGUGUAGUUUUGUGUCUAAUUCAGCAGAGCCAGUUUUUAACCGAGCCCUGGAGUCAGAGCAGGGCCUCAGGGGAGAUCAAAGGGUCACACUGGAGAGCCUGAGCAGAUAUAAUGUUGGUGUGAUGGAGAGAGAGAGAGAGAGAGAGAGAGAGAGAGAGAGAGAGAGGGAGGAGAGACACUGACAUGGACGCUGGCCAAUGAUCUGCGAGCUGAAGAACUGAAGUAGAGACACAGAGCAGAUUUCAUAAAGCCACUUUACUCUCCACAGGCCGAAAAAUGCGAGCGAGCAGGAGGUGAUGAGGAGCAGCCAGGUGGUUCAGUCCGGUUCUUCAUCAGCCACUCCAUAGAUGCUGGUGGUGCAGGCCGGCAGCGGGGUGUCGAUCCGAGCCUGGAAACACGUUCCGUCCUCAGCAUGAAAUCCAAGCUCCGACGAUAGCGGAGGCUGAGGAGGAGAAGCGGACUGACGGGACGCAUGAAUUAAAUAAUCAUCCGCACCUCCCGUUUCCCUCCCUUGAUGUUCUCAGCCGGAGGUGUGCGGAGGAGAGCGCGAUUCGCCCGGAGAGCCCAGAGCGGCUGGCAGCUGUGGACGGCUGGAAGGUGGUACCCAAGUGUCGCUGUUUAUUAUCUGGGAUCUGACUCCGGAGGCGCGUCGCUGAGGUUAUGGGCUGCGCUCCCAGUAUCCACGUCUCUCAGAGCGGCGUGAUCUACUGCCGAGACUCAGACGAAUCCAACUCCCCCCACCAGACCACCACCAUCUCUCAGGGCACCGCGGCCACGCUGCACGGGCUCUUCAUCAAGACCGAUGCGGCCGAGACCAUCCCCUCCGUCAUCACCUACCAGAGCCGGCACUCGCGCAACAACUCGCACCGGGAUCGCAAGGAGAACAGCGGGGGACACAUCCGCAUCGAGGCCGAGACGCAGACCAGCCACACCAGCGUCAAGGUUUCAGCUACAGAAGAAUGUGUAGGUCCAAUGAGACUGACCCAAGAGCCCAUUCAGGUCCUGCUGGUGUUCGCCAAAGAGGAUGGCCAAAGUGAUGCCUUCUGGUGGGCGUGCGACCGCGCUGGCUUCAGGUGUAACAUCGCACGGACACCGGAGUCGGCCGUUGAGUGUUUCCUGGACAAACACCAUGAGAUCAUCAUUAUCGAUGGACGUCACUCGCGCUACUUUGAGCCUGAAGCAGUCUGCCGGAUGAUCCGCGCCACAAAGCCCUCUGAAAACACAGUUAUUCUAGCUGUUGUGCCACAAAAACCGCCUGACCAGGAGGAGCCAUCUGUUCUUCCUCUGCUCUGCGCUGGAUUUAGCAGAAGGUUUGUGGAGAACAGCAGUGUAUCAGCCUGCUAUAAUGAGCUCAUACAGAUCGAACACGGAGAGGUGCGCUGCCAGUUCAAACUCAGGGCUUGUAACUCUAUCUUCACUGCUUUGGAGCACUGUCAGGAGGCUGUGGAGAUCACCAGUGAGGAGCACAUAAUACAGUAUGUGAACCCAGCAUUUGAACGGAUGAUGGGCUACCACAAGGGGGAGUUGAUCGGGAAGGAACUGACUGAACUUCCCAAGAGCGACAAGAACAGAGCUGACCUGCUGGACACCAUCAACACCUGCAUCAAAAAAGGAAAGGAAUGGCAGGGCAUUUACUUUGCCAGAAAGAAGUCCGGCGACAGCAUACAGCAGCAUGUGAAGAUAACGCCAGUUAUCGGCCAAGGAGGGAAAAUUCGACAUUUUGUAGCCAUCAAGAGACCUCAUAUUGACAACAAUAACCAGGUCCACAAGUUCAACAAGGAGGAGAGAUGCAGCGGGGAGCAUUCUCAGUCAGAGUGCCAUUCUCUACGUCACAGAGACAGGAGGAAAGAUUCAAUUGACGCCAGAUCACUCAGCUCCCGUGGCAGUGACGCUCCCAGUUUACAGAAUCGAAGAUACUCCUCUGUGGCCAGGAUUCACUCCAUGACUAUCGAGGCUCCCAUCACCAAGGUGAUAAACAUAAUCAAUGCAGCCCAGGAGAGCAGUCCGGUGACGGUGGCCGAGGCUCUGGAUCGAGUGUUGGAGAUCCUGAGGACCACCGAGCUCUACUCCCCUCAGCUCGCCUCCAAAGAGGACGACCCCCACACCAAUGACCUGGUCGGGGGGCUCAUGAGUGAUGGGCUGAGGAGACUCUCUGGGAAUGAAUAUGUUUUCUGCAAGAAUAUGAGCCAGAGCCAGCUGGCCAUCCCAGUCACUUUGAAUGACGUCCCCCCAUCCAUCGCCGAGAUGCUGAAUGAUGAGGAAUGCUGGGAGUUCAACAUCCUGGACCUGGAGGCAGCUACACACAAAAGACCUCUGACUUAUCUCGGCCUCAAGAUUUUCACCAGUUUCGGAGUGUGUGAGUUCCUGAACUGCUCAGAGGCGACACUGCGCUCGUGGCUGCAGCUCAUGGAGGCCAGCUACCACUCGUCCAACUCCUACCACAACUCCACGCACGCUGCAGACGUGCUGCAUGCUACUGCCUACUUUCUACGCAAAGAGAGAGUCAAGAGCAGUCUAGACCAGCUGGAUGAGGUGGCAGCAUUGAUAGCAGCUACGGUCCAUGACGUGGAUCACCCCGGCAGGACCAACUCCUUCCUGUGUAAUGCAGGCAGUGAACUGGCCAUCCUCUACAACGACACGGCCGUGCUGGAGAGCCACCACGCUGCCCUCGCCUUCCAGCUCACUGUGCGCGACAGCAAGAGCAACAUCUUCAAGAACAUCGACAGGAAUCAGUUCCGAACCCUGCGUCAGGCCAUCAUUGACAUGGUUCUGGCCACAGAGAUGACCAGACACUUUGAACACGUCAGCAAGUUUGUCAACAGCAUCAACAAGCCGAUGGCUGCCAUCGAAGAGACCAGCACAAGUAGCGUAAACAGCGACUGUGAGGGUCAGGCCAACAUCCGCAACUCUCCAGAGAACCGUCUGCUGAUAAAGAGGAUGCUGAUCAAGUGUGCAGAUGUGGCAAACCCCUGCAGACCGCUGGAGCUGUGCAUCGAGUGGGCCGGACGGAUCUCUGAGGAGUACUUUGCACAGACGGAUGAGGAGAAGAGGCAGGGGCUGCCAGUGGUGAUGCCAGUGUUUGACAGGAACACCUGCAGCGUGCCCAAGUCUCAGAUCUCCUUCAUAGACUACUUCAUCACUGAUAUGUUUGACGCCUGGGAUGCCUUUGCCAGCCUGCCUGGUCUGAUGGAGCACCUGUCGGAGAACUACAAGUACUGGAAGAACUUGGAUGAGAUGAAGUGCAAGAGCCUGCGUCCUCCCCCUCCUUCCUGACCGAAUCCCCUUCUCCUCCUCCUCUCACCCAUCGCUCGGAGCAGGGUGGGGCAGUGAACGCACCCCUGCUGGUGGAACUAUUAGCCUUUUCAGCUGUGAUUGGACAGCGCUCUGGCGUCCCGGGACACGAAAAAUCGGCCAAUCGGGGACUGUGAGAGCCGACACCGCCGACUAAUGAACACUGAGGCGCUGUUUCCAUCACAAAUCACAGCUUCGUUUCUUGUGUGGUUGCAGCUGGAGGUGGUGUUCUGCCAGUGGAGGGCAGGUUGUCAUUUGAGGGCCCUGUCGACUCUGUCGCCGCUUCAUGGCCCCGUGAAGUAUUCCUUAUAGCGCCUCUAUGAGACUGUGCAGACCUCAUGGCUCACCUGACAAUCUGUACUUAACAGUGUACCACACCAGAAACCUGCACUUUAGCCAAUCAGACAUCUUCAUUUUGAGCUCCUUUUUGCUUGGUUUGCUUUUCACAGUUAAAAAUCUCUUCAUUUUCUUUGAGCAAAUGGUUUUAUUCAAUUUCUGUAUAUUGCUGUAAAAGAAAAUGGACAAUGACAAGUGACAACAGCUAGAGACACUGAGAAAUAAGUAUCUAGAGUCAUCUACUCGUGCUUCUCACUGGAUGUGAGUGCACAUCUUCAAACUGUUUUCAGAACUUGCGAAGGUGCUCAGCAGGAAUUAUUCAUUCUUAUUAUCUGUGAACCGACUAGGAGACAUUUUGACUUAUCUCUGGGACCAAAUUCUUAGCAGUCCCGUUCAGCUCUACAAAGAAAGUACUUGUUGGAAACAUUUAAGAGAGUCAGUUAUCUAAGAACGAAGCUUCAGUGCCAGCCAGCACAGAAACUCUAAAUGUCCAGCCCCUUAUAUAUACAGAGGUGACAUCAAAGAAGGGCUGUCUUUGUGGUGAUUGCUGGAUUUUAAGGUCAUGUAGCUGCCCAAUACCCUGCUGUUUUAAUUUUUCAUAUCACCAUCCUCUGUGCACUGUGAAAGCAGCCGGUGUGGACAACGGAGAUCUUCGUCAGAGCAAAUGGAGGAGCAGAAUUGCACUGUACCGGAGCUGUUAAGUUACAUUCAUAGCUUUGUGACACUAACUGUAGACGUUUGCACCCAUAAACAGAGUCGAAAUGAAUCCUACAUGAGAGCAUCUGAGCAGCAGGGGCUUUGUAUGUGAAGCAAGUCUGCUGAGUGUUUGGAGAACAAAUCGACCUUGGUGGCCUGAUAGAUGUGUGACGGCGCAGCAGAUCCAGGUUUAGAUCCAGCUUGUAAAAGCUGCAGAGCCGGCGUCUGCUCCUUAAACUAAUCAGCAGCGGCACUCAAAUCCUGCAUCCACAACUCUCUACAUGCACAUGAUUGUCCAUUUUUUUGGGAUUCACUGACGUAGACAGUGAAGUCCAUGAGAUGGUGGGGUUUGUAUGAGUUGGCUGCCCUCUGGUGGUCAUCUAGAAGGGGUGCAUGGUAGAUUUUGUUAUACAUUGUACGUCAAAUAACAUCUAUGAGAAAUUAAUGAUUUAUCAGCUGUUAUUGGGAAUGAAAAGGAUAGUCAUUUUUCAAAGUAAGGUAUUUAACCCUCUGAACCCCAAACAGUCUCUGAACCUUUUUUUUUUUUGCUCUGGUUACGUUUUUGCUCAUUUUUUACUGCAGUAUAAAACCUUGCACCUCUAUGGAUAGAAGCAGACCGAACUUUAAAAUGUCUUUUGUUCAGUUUAACAAAGUUAUCAUACCAUAAAUCAUAAAAAAGAAACAAAUGAAAGUUGAAUGUCUUAAAUGAUUUUGCAAAAAUUUUUUUUAAAAAAGUAGAAAUUAUUUCAUAAGUGCCCAAUAGUAGAAAAAAUGCUACAGAUAUUUUAUAUAGCACAUCGUUGCUCAGUGUAAACAUGGCCUGCAGUCCAGUUGACAGUCCCUAAAUUAUUUUUAUUUAUUUUUUAUUUUUUUAUUUAAUGUUUAUUUAACAGGGACGAUACAUACAACAUUGCCACAAUGGGAAAAUGUGAAUGUAUAUAGGACGUCUAGCUUCAGCUGAUUUGCAGUCUUUGUCCCUGGUCAGGAUUUGCAGUAAAAUAAAUUAUACAGAAUACAGAUACAAUUUUACAAAUAAAAUAAUACAGUGAAUACACUCAAUGAGUACCACAAAUAAAUAAACACAGUUAUAGUAAAUUAAAACUAAAACACAAGUUACGUUUAAUUAUUUUCAGCUGACUGCUGGGUGCAGUUUCUCAAAUGUGCCAAUGACCUGAAGGUGUUUGUUUUUUUUACAGGAUUUCGAAUGGUGUAUCUUUAAGUGAGAUAAGUACACCACUGUUCAAAAGGUUGGAGUCACUUAGAAAUGUCCUUGUUUUUGAAAGAAACAAAGUUUUUUCAGUGAAGACAAAAUUAAAUGAAUCAGAAAUACAGUCGAGACAUUGUUCAUGUGGUAAAAGACUAUUCUAGCUGGAAACGGCUGAUUACUUCGCCAAGGAACGCAGCGGAGUUAUGUGACAAUUGGCGUAUGUUUGUCCUUCCAUCUAUGUGCAAACUUAUUCAAAACUGGACUAACAGAUUUGGAAUGAAAUUUUCAGGGAAGGUCAGAAAUGACACAAGGACCACCUCAUUAGAUUUUGGCAGUGAUGCGGCAUAUAGUCUGGAUCCACAUAUUUGUUAAAGAUUUCUGUAUCAUUGUGAGAUAGCAGCACGGCGUCACUGUAACUAUGACAACAAGUGAACACUACAUCAGCUGCCUGCUGAUGAUGACAUGAUUGCGACUCUACUAAAAACUGACUGUGGACUUAUUGGGACUUAUGGGGACUUCUCCAUCAGAAAUUAUACAAUGACUGAGCAGCCUUGGUGGAGUACUGCGCUCUUUUAGUGCUUCUUAUGUUUUCAUUGGAAUAUCUCCAUAGGGAUGCAGAGGAACAUUUCCAGCAACCAUCACUCCUGUGUUCUAAUGCUACAUUGUGUUAGCUAAUGGUGCUGAAAGGCUCAUUGAUGAGUAGAAAACCCUUGUGCAAUUAUGUUAGCACAUGAAUAAAAGUAUGAGACUUUAUGGAAAACAUGACAUUUGCCUGGGCGACCGCGAACUUUAAAUGGUAGUGCACAUUAAGUGAUUUUGACGAAAUAUUACAAAGUUAAGGCAUUCUGAUGAAACAGAAUGAGAAGUUCAACGACGGGAAAGUUCAAAAUUCACUGAUCCUUCUAUUUUCAAGCUUCUGGCUCUGGUGUAAUUUAGUUUUUUUUAAAAGAACAAGCCUUUCAAACCUUUCCGUGGGUUUUAGGGUUCAGAGGGUUAAGCAAAAGCUGAUGAGUGUAACUGCGCUGGAGACCGCCGCAAAAAAUGAGAUAUUAUUUGGCAAAUUAGGAAAACUUAAAAGAGUGGUUAGUGGCUGUCAGUAUCCAUAAACUACUUUUCAUGGUGAAAUUCUGUGUUUUCGUCAUAUUUAUGUUAGUGGAGGUCAUGUAGAAGGAUGUGUAGCUCUCUGUGUACGGUAAGUGUGCAUUAACCCAGAGGACUCACAUUACCGUAUUAACCAAAGGCACAGAGAGCUCUUUAAAAGGUGCCUUAUUCUUUUGUCAUCUUUACACCUGCUAACUAAAGUAUUUUUGUUCAAACAGUUCCUCCUUCUAUAAGAUUAUAAGAAAAGCCAUAUGUGUUCUGGAUCUUUCUUUCAAACUGUGCUGCGGUUUUCAGUCGGUGAGUCAGUGCUGAUGGUUCGGUCACGAUGGUCCUGACAUUUUAUCCUGUGUUUUGUACAACUUUGAGGUUUUUAAGGACAGAAACUGAAUCAGUGCAGUCGGAUCAAAUUCCACGAAUGCUUCAGUUCGCUUUAAAACUGUUCACCUCCAUGUUCAAUGUAUUCACAGUGUCACUCUGUUGAUGAUCACGGUCUUAAUCGACGCCUUAAUCUUGUCACGUCUCACUGUUUAGGUCUGCUAUUGUUGCAGUACACUGUAAACUACCUAAUGCACCUGCUGUUCCUGUAAAUACUCAGCCAAUAUCAUUUCUGCUUUGCAUUUUACAUAUUUUGCUUAUGUGACUUUUUUGUUUGUUUUGGAUGUUACAUGUUGCUGUUGAUUUCCAAAAUUUCUAAUUUUUUUACAGUGACUUGAAAUGCGGCUCCACGUCUGAAUGUUUCAUAGCUGCUAUCACUGAUCAUAAGAAGAUAUUUUUGCUAGUCUAUAAAGAAGAUUUCUAUCGACAAAGACAAUUUAAAUAUUUCAGAUUUACAUGUCGGACAGCCAUGCCUUUUCUGUGAGUAGCAAUGACUGGAAUAUGAUGAUUUUAAUUACAUUAGAUGACAGCCAGUCAGUUAAUGCCUCUCAUUGAGUCUACUGAGGCAGAACUAGAUUGUAUAACUGCUUGUUAUGAAAUGAUAAGCCUUCAUCACUUAGUUAUUUCUAUUUCCUCUCCCUCAUCUGUGACACUGAUGGCCGUGACAGCGAGAACGUGCCAAGUCUGUGUUUUGCAUAAUUUAAAAAUGGAACAACAAUUAGAAAGUGAUAUUAUAUGCAGUACAAAAAAUUAUUUUUCAAACAAAUGAUCAUUAUCGGCCAUGAGAAGCAAAGUGUGUGUUUUGAAAGAUUUUACUGCCUCAAGCUUAGUAGUUACAAAGCUUUACGUUAGAGUCACCUAAAAACCAUCCACGUUUGUUUGAAAAAUUUAAUGUGUUUUUGCUCUUUCUGGAUCAUGUCUUAUUUUGAUGUUUUCUGUCAAACACGAAAAUGUAUUGUAAGAGACGAUUAAAGCAUUCUUUAAAUAUGAAA